UAAAACCUCAAGUAAUCAACUUUUUUUAUUUAUAGUUUGCUUUGGGAUUGGUGCAAUCGGUUCGAGUCGCUGCACCACUUACGAGAACUUUCCUACAAUCUUAGCGCAUUGAUAGACAUGUAUAUCAUGUCACUUAUGUCUUAUUAAAGCACCCAAACAAUACACAUGUUGGAACUUACAGUACUGUAUGCUUACUGCGCAACCUUAAAAAUAUGCAUGGUUUUUAAAUGCAUAACCGCUUGAAUAUUCUCUAAACCGUGAACUACAUUUUAUCAGUGAAUUGAACAAAUUAAUUGCAAUAUAUAUAGAGAAAAUUUUCCUGUUGAAAUCCUAAAUGUAUAGCUUGGCCAAACAAGAGGAAGUGACAAAUGAGAUGCAAAUAUGAAAUAAGGAGUAUUGAUAGUUCGAAUACAAGUCAUUAUACCAUUCCAACAGCGAUGGCAUAUUGUAUUGUUACUGCACUUCUUAUGGUAGUUGUACGCUAUAGUGAUGGAGGAAGCCAUGUUAAUGACUGGCCGCACUCAUGUCAAGCCAACUUUAGAAUAGGACCUCAAAGAUGUGAACGUUGUGAGUCUGGUAGUUACGGCUGUAACUGUUCAGAACCGUGUCCCUAUGGUACAUACGGUCAGGGAUGUUACCAUUUUUGUGAUUGUUCUGAUGAACAAUUUUGUGAUCCUGUAGUAGGUUGUACUAACAACAGUGGGACUACAGAUAUAACAACCGGUAAAGUUGAAUCUACGCCAUAUAUUGGAAGUAAUACAAGAGAUGUGAAAAGCACUCCUUCGUUGAAGAGUGAUGAAGACCAACUGGCAAUUUUGACUAUUGUCGGAAUAACCACUGGCACGCUACUGUCGAUAGGUGUUAUUUCCAAUGUACUUUGCUUCUGUUUCUUAUGCAGACGAAAAUCAGACUCGUUUUCUCUUAAAAAAGAUGUAAAAUCAACUGAGGGGGUACUUGAAAUAGGAACCAACGAAGAGGACAUCGAUGUUCAUUCGUACCUCACUAUCAGUGAUAGAUCAGUCAGAAUGUAUGCAGCUGUCCAUUACGACGAGGCAGAGGACAAAAAAAGUAGUCCUUCGUUAUCACUACACAGUGAAAAAGAGGACUUAAGCAUCGAAAGUAAAACAAGUCCUUCCUUAUCCUUUCACACCAAGAAAGAAGAGGAUGCAAGCAUUAAAAGUGAUACCAGUAAGAUAUCACGGGGAUAUUUGACUCCUGUUGUGACAACAGUCGAGGAAACCAAAUCGGAUAGUCAACGAUCUAGUGAUUAUGAAGAUUUUCAAGAAGUCACAAAGUGUUCAGAAAAUUUCGAAUCUUCAGCCAGCCUGAGUUUCAAAUUGGAUACACUGGUCAAAAUUGACAGUGCUCGACUUUGA